AUGAAGCAGAUUGCUCUGGAACGGGAUGUCGACCUUCUAUUAGUAGAUUCUGGUGACUUACAUGAUGGUACUGGGUUAUCUGACGGCUUCCCCCCGGGCGGCGUAGACGGACAUGAGUCGAAUCAAUUCAUUGCAAAGCUUCCAUACGACGUGAUGGCCAUUGGAAACCACGAACUCGAAGUUUAUGCUAACACCCUGGACAUGCACACAAACUUCGCUCCACAACUUAAAGGGCGUUACCUCACAUCUAAUGUGAAUAUCACUGUGGCAGAUAACAAAGGGAACGCGGUCAGUGUUCCUGUUGGAAACCGUUUUGCCAAGUUUCGUACACGCAAAGGCCGUUGCGUGACAGCAUUUGGCGUUUUGUUCAGUUUCACUGGUAAUGUCAAGAAUACUACGGUUCAGAAAGUGGCGGACAUGGUCAAGGAAACAUGGUUCCUUGACGCCAUCCGCGAAGAGCCAGACUUCUUCUUGCUAGCCGGACACAUGCCCGUACAGAGAGAUGACUGGCCCUUCGUGUUUGAGGCUAUACGUGCGGUCCACCCUACCACGGCCAUUCUCAUCCUCGGAGGCCAUUCACAUAUUCGCGAUUGUGUCCAAUUGGAUGGUCGAAGCAUGGCGCUUGAGAGUGGUCGAUUCAUGGAAACAGUUGGAUGGAUGAGUAUGAAGCUCCCUCGUCACAAGAGUGACACUAUGAAAUUUAGCAGGCGAUACCUCGAUCCGAAUCGAGUGACUUACGAGUUCCACACCCGCCAUGUCACAAGACACCUAGAUACUCCCUUCGGCGAACGUAUCACAAAGGGCCUUUUGGCCCUUGCGAAGAGAUUUGACCUUGGGUUCACUUUCGGUAUAGCACCUCACGACUUCACGCUCUCCCGAUCACCAUUCCCUUCGGAGGGCUCAUUACUUUCUCUCUUCAUCGAAAAGGCGGGUAGCUGUGCUAUCCCAGUGGCGUUGUCAGUCAACAACACAAGGGCCUCUAUCCCAAGUUUCUUCAUAGCAAAUGCGGAGUCACAGCGGUUCGACAUCUAUGCUGGACCGUUUACAAAGGACGAUCAGUUCACUGCGUCCCCAUUCGUAGACAGAUUCCUGUUUGUUCCUGGUGUCCCAGCAUCAGCGGUGUCGAAGAUACUUCCAGUAAUGAACGGAGAGGGGGACUUGCGGCGUAGAAGUGCGGAAGAGCUUGACAGGCGGGAGAAGGAACUCUACGCCUCCGGCAACAUCGACGCAGGUUUCAAACGAUGGCUAGAGUCAAUGGACCAGCAAUCCGGGGAAGAGAGGCGCGCUCAUGGCAAUCUGACACUUGGCUAUGUUACUACUGAUUCAUGUCCCGGCGUUGGUGAUGAUACGCCUCACGCUCCCAUGCCAUUCUUUUCGGCGCCCGAGUUCAUCGGUUCCAAUGUGCCGAAUGCUACUUCGGAUACCCUUGUAGACGUUGUGUUUCUGGAUUUCAUCCAGAACUCGGUAUUGGGCGCACUGAACUCAGUCCAGCAAGAUCAGAACUUUUCUGCGAGUGAUGUUCGGCUAUACAGCAAUUUGACGGCCAAUCAAGUGCUUGGUGUCUACGCGCAAUUGAUGUGGAAUUAG